CCCCUUAUAUACGGAUACUAAAUAAACAGAAGCAAUAAAUCGUGUAGAAAUUUGUAAUGUCAAUCAAGCUAUUUUCUAUACUUUUUAUUUGGAUAUUUAUACCAGAUAACUUGAAACCAACCGGAGGAGAUAUAAACAUACCAAAAUGGCCGAAACAGAUCGAAACUUUCAUUCGAGUUGUUGUUGAAGAAAGCGACGAAGAACUGCAAAUACAAGUACAUUACGACAAGGAAAACAAUUCGAUCGCUGUAAUUACAGAAACAGAUGCGGAAUCCACAGAAAUCAACAUAUAUUCGUUCGAUAGUGACGAAUGGAUAAAUAUUAAACAAACCGAAUGCCAAGUGAGUCCAAUACCGGACAGAAAAUCGUCUAUAAUUGUUUAUUCCAUCGAUGAAAAUAAAAGAAAGCUAAUUGGGGACAUCGCAUCACUUGUCUUUUUCGAUCCAAAUGUUAAGGCAGAAAUAGCAGAUUUAUCAACACUAGAAAAUGGAAUUCCAGUUGAAAAGUGGGAGACCCGUAAUCUUAACAUUACCCAACUAGAUGCUCAAUGUAAUUUAACUCACAGUUUAACCACAACUCACUGGAACAAUCCGGGAUAUAAAUCCUGUGACGAUAAACAAAAUCAACCUUGCGGUCAGAUUAUAUUAAUGGAAGUGGAUUGCUAUAACGAGGAAGAAGGCAGAAGAUUAACUUUCAAAGCCGAAUUUUUUAAUACGAAAAAUUAUAUAUCCAACAGAGAAGUUUUCCAGCAACCGGAAGGAAUUUAUUGCGAGAACAAAAAGAGUAAAAGAGGAUUUCCUAAAUUGCCGAAAUAUUUUGCUUUCGAAUUCGAGACUUACGAUUUACAAGUACAAGAACCAAAUAAAGACGUCUGGAAUUUCCACCAAAGGAUUUGGUUCGAUAAAGAAAACAAAUUAAUAAGAAGAGACGAAUUACAGCAAAAUUUUGAAACUACAACCACAAUUAUUCAGGAUUAUGAUAGAAGAAUCGUCUAUUCGAUUGACAAGAAAACGAGAAAGUGCGACCUGUGGAAUUUAACAAAUGACGAAAUAAUGGAGAAAAGUACGGUACUUCCGGGAGAAUCGUAUCCAUGGUUUCCGGAAUCGUCGACGAAAGAACCACAAUAUGUUGGACAGAGAAGAAAACACGAUUUAAUCUACGAAGUAUGGACGAAUCAAUAUAAAAAGGAUGAUUCUAUAAUAAUUGCUGAUUAUUAUUUUUUGAGUGAAACGGGAGUAGAAGAUAAAGAAGUAAACAUGUUUACUCCCGCAUUUUUAGAAAUAAGAAUUAUAGAAGAUCGUCAAUUUAUAGCUUCGGCUUGGCAAACUAUAAAUAAAUAUAGAACUCAUCCCGUAGAAUGGAUGGCUUUUGACGUUUCGGAAUGUUUCCAAGAGACAAACAAACGGAGAUUAUCAUUAACGUUAUCCGGCCCUAUAAAAGACACCGGCACGGAUGUAAUUGCAGAAAACCUACGUUCCAAUCUUCUGAAUUUAUUAAAAAUAUCACCAUUAAGAUUUGGUGUACCUCAGGUUACUUACGUUAACGACGAAUCUAUUAGAUACACUUUAAUCAUUAGCGAAAGGCCUUACGCAUUAGGGUUUGGAAAGAAUACAAAAGAACCUUCUUUAGACGAGAUUUAUGAAACUUUAAAGAAUAACGUUGAAAACGGAAAUGUUCGAUGUACAUUGCCCAAUGGAAAUUCACUAAAAGCAAUUGAGAUAAUUGAUGUAAAAGACAAAGACAAAAAUGGUAGAGUAUAG